AUGGACGUUCCACAGUUGGGUUUUAGACAUUAUAGGGCGGAUCAACCCGAUGUCCUCGAAGCGCCACAAGUACAUAAUAACCUCCACCGAGUACACCACGAAAUGGGUCGAGUACCUCUCAAAGACUAUGCCAGGGAAACUAUUGCAACAUUUAUCAAAGAAUACAUUAUUUGCAGAUUUGGCAGGCCCAUGAUUAUCAGGGCGGAUAAUGCAAAUUCGUUCGUAAACAAGGACAUAAUAGAUUUGCUACGCCAAUAUAAUGUGAGGCUUCAUACGUCAAACCCCUACUAUCCUCAAGGGAACGGGAAAGCCGAGGCAAGCAAUAAGACGCUCAUCCGGAUCUUGAGCAGGACAGUGGAGGACCACCACAGAGAGUGGAAUGAGCAGCUCUUUCUCGUGGUAUGGGCAUACAUAAUCUCGAAACGAAGUUCCACGGGGGAAUCACCAUAUUCUCUGGUCUAUGGGGAGGACGCGAUAUUUCCGGAAGAGAUUGCAAUUUCAUCCGCGAGGGUAGCAAUGGAUAGUCAUACGAUACCAGACGAAGUAGGCCGCUUUUCCCAUUUAGAUACAAUGAAAGAGAGGAGAUCCCGGGAAAAAUGGUUUGCUGAGGCGUAUAGGAAGCGCACAGCAAAUUAUUAUAAUCAGAAUGUAAAGGAAAGGAUAUUUGAGGUAGACGAUUUGGUCCUUAAGAUCGCUCCUCAUGUGCAAAGAAAUGCUAGUGCAGGAAAAUUCGCCGCAAACUGGGAAGGAUUUUUCAGAGUAAGGAAGGUAGUAGAAAGCGGGUAUUACAAGCUCAGACACAUGAAUGACACAAAGGUUAAGUCACCGAUCAAUGGUAAAUGGCUAAAGAAGUUUUAUGCAUAA